UGAUUACAUUUUCCUCUUUCGCCCAGUUUCUCGGCAACGCACUCCCGACCGUCGCCUAGGGUUUCGUGCUGGUGAAUUGUCCACUCCGGCGAUGGACUCCGAGGACGAUAUGCACGACGCUAACGACAUGGAGUCCGUCGACGAGGACGACGAGGGCUUCUACAGCGACGAAAUGGGCUUCGACUACUACUGCAGCGACGACGACGCCGACGUCGACUACGUGGUCGAGGACGACUCCGAGGACUUCGAGAGGAUCCAGUCUCGUCGCCCCGAGAAUAAUUAUAUUAUCUUGAAGGACUCAGACAUAGAACAACGACAAGAGGAUGACAUUACAAGUGUAUCAACUGUUCUUUCUAUUUCACGAGAUACUGCAUGCAUCUUACUCCGACAUUGUAAUUGGAGUGUAAGUAAAGUGCAUGAAGCGUGGUUUGCUGAUGAAGAACGAGUAAGAAAAGCAGUUGGUUUAUUGGAGGAGCCAGUCAUUUGGUUUCCCAAUUAUAGAGAACUUACUUGUGGCAUCUGUUUUGAAUCCUUUCCUCGUGGUAGAAUUAAAUCAGCUGCCUGUGGUCAUCCUUUCUGUAGUGCUUGCUGGGCAGGCUACAUCAGUACAUCAAUUAAUGAUGGUCCUGGAUGUUUGCUGCUGAGGUGCCCGGAUCCGUCUUGUGGCGCUGCUGUUGGUCGAGACAUGAUCAAUUCGUUGGUUUCUGAUGAAGAUUUGAGGAAGUACUCUCGUUACCUUCAUAGAUCUUAUAUAGAAGACAACAAGAAGACCAAGUGGUGUCCUGCACCGGGUUGUGAUUAUGCUGUAAAUUUUGUUGGUGAUAAUGAAAACUAUGAUGUUUCAUGCCUCUGUACUUACGGAUUUUGCUGGAAUUGCACGGAGGAAGCUCAUCGUCCGGUGGACUGUGUCACUGUAGCAAAGUGGAUUUUGAAGAACAGUGCUGAGUCUGAAAACAUGAACUGGAUACUUGCUAACUCCAAGCCAUGUCCUAAGUGCAAGCGGCCUAUCGAGAAAAACCAAGGGUGCAUGCAUAUGACAUGCACACCCCCAUGUAAAUUUGAAUUUUGCUGGCUGUGUCUUGGAGCAUGGGCAGAUCAUGGUGAGAGGACAGGUGGUUUCUAUGCUUGUAACCGUUAUGAAGCAGCUAAGCAAGAGGGAGCUUACGAUGAAGCGGAGAGAAGAAGAGAAAUGGCCAAGAAUUCUUUGGAGAGAUACACUCAUUAUUAUGAACGUUGGGCGAGCAAUCAAUUGUCGAGGCAGAAAGCACUUGCAGAUUUGCAUCUAAUGCAAACUGUCCAUAUGGAGAAGCUCAGUGAGACACAAAGCCAACCUGAGUCACAGCUCAAGUUCAUUACAGAGGCAUGGCAACAGAUAGUUGAAUGUAGAAGAGUGCUGAAGUGGACCUAUGCAUAUGGGUUCUACCUACCCGAGCAUGAGCAUGCCAAGAGACAGUUUUUUGAGUAUUUGCAAGGUGAGGCAGAGUCUGGUUUGGAGAGGCUUCAUCAAUGUGCAGAGAAGGAACUACAACAGUUCUUAACUGCUGAUGGUCCAUUGAAAGAAUUCAAUGACUUUCGUACAAAGCUAGCUGGACUUACGAGGGUGACAAAAAAUUACUUCGAGAACCUAGUUAGGGCAUUAGAGAAUGGCCUAUCAGAUGUGGACUCCCAAGGGGCUUGCAGCGGAACGACGAGCUCAAAGAACAUAGCUGGAUCCAGCAAAGGGAAAGGUGGUAGGGGAAAGGGAACCAGUCGAACUGGUGGGUCGAGCAAAAAUGUAGACAAUUUGGGUGCAGGCUUUUGGUCCUGUGAUUACUGUACAUUUUCCAAUACAAAGCCUGCGACGACAUGCGCAGCGUGCCAGCAACGCCGAUAGGGUAUCUUCUCAUAAAAUGGUUAAACAAUUGGAUACCAAAAAAAAAAAAAAAAAAAAAAAAGGAAGAUACCUUAAAAAAGGACCCUCCUUUGAAGUUUGCACAGGAGUUUGAUGGAUCCUUGGUGUCCAAGUCCAUGUUGUCAUGUGUGAGUGAGGUAAAGAAACAAUUACGGGAAGAGACGUUGGCCUCUUUUGUGAUCAUGCGUGUUGGUGUGGACACCAUAUUAGCAUUCUGUUCUGUGUAUAGUGAAACACGUCUGUGUACCAUGAUCUGUGGAUUGGGUUUGUGCAAACCAGCUUUUCGUUUUGUUUAUAUUAUAAAUGUAUCAUAUGUCAUCGAUUGCCUGAAGUUAAUGCAAAUUUACUUGUUCCCCA